AUGCCCACUGCGAAGGAAAGGCUAGCAGAGCUACGGGCCCUUCGAGCCUCGGGCAAGAAACGUCUUUCCACUUACGAAGUCGAGGAACAGGGCGAUAUCUACGAAGAGGUCGAUGACGACGGCUACAAGAAGAUUAUCCGCGACCGAUUAGACGAGGACGAUUUUGUCGUCGACGACAACGGUGCCGGCUAUGCAGAUGACGGUCGAGAACGACGAGCUGCCGGCACGGGCAAGGUUGCUAAGCGGAAGCGAGAAGAAGAGAAGCAGCGCAAGGAAAAGAUGAAUAAUGGCAUAUCCAAGUACUUCAACAGUGGAAAUGCUUCGACGGCCGCACCAAAACCCAAACCAGUUGCAACUGCCGAAGAUGAUGCCUUCAUGGCAGACCUCCUUGGAGAGGUCGACACCAACGUCGUCUCUAACCAUGUCCCGACACGAAACAUAGUCAAGUCCGAAGCCCGCCGAAAAGUUCGCGUCCUCUCGCCUCCCCUGUCCGAGAAACGACGCCGCGAGAAGGCCGAAGAGGCCGCUGGAAGUGAGGUGCCAAGCUCUCCGGUUAAAAGCGACCUACCCCUCCCAUCCGAUGAUCUCGACGACGGGCCACUCCCUGGAGCCGACGAUGACGAUGUCGACAUGGGCGACCCCAUGCCUUCUUCUCCUAUCAGCAAGGCCGUGGAGCGCAAGACAAAUAUCAUACCAGUCAAGGCUGAAGAGCCGGAUGAGGAUGAUAUCGACAUGAUGGAUGUUGCUGAAGCUACUGGAAACUCAGACAUUAAAACGACCAAUAUCAAUAUGGCUGGCAGCCGGCCUCCACCGAAGAUCAAGAAGGAGGUUCUCCCCACACCAGCCAGCUCUUCUCCUGUCAAGAUGGCGCCAGAAGUCAUGGACGCCUCUUGGAACAAUCUCCGCCCUCAAGACGUCGUCGAAGAGGAUGGCAGUCUACGCAUGUUCUGGCUAGACUACACCGAGGUCAACGGGAGUCUAUGCUUGUUUGGAAAGGUCAAGAACAAGCAAACGGGAUCCUAUGCAAGUGCAUUUGUCAAGGUCGACAAUAUACUUCGAAAGCUUUACUUCCUGCCCCGUGAAUAUCGAACCAAAGGCGGCAGGGUGACCGAAGACGAAGUCGAAAUGAGCGAUGUCUAUGAAGAGGUCGAUGGCAUCAUGUCACGCAUGAAGGUCGGGAUGCACAAAAUCAAGCCUUGCACUCGGAAAUAUGCUUUCGAGCUGCCUGGCGUUCCUAAGGAGGCGGAGUAUCUGAAGCUCCUCUACCCUUAUGACAAACCUGCCAUUCCCAUGGAAACUAAGGGAGAACUUUCUCGCAUGUUUUCGUUUGUCCUAUGGAAGAACAUCAUGGGCCCUUGCUGGCUCAAAAUCGACGAUGCUGACUUCUCUGCCGUGAACAAUGCCUCUUGGUGCAAGUUCGAAUGUCAGACCUCCAAGCCAGCGUCGAUUACUCCUUUUGAUGACUCCGAGUCGGAAACGCCCCCCUUGACUCUCAUGAGUCUGUCUUUCCGCACCCAACUCAAUGUGAAAGAGAACAAGCAGGAGAUUCUUGUGGCUAGCGCCCGAGUCUAUGAGAAUGUGUCUUCUACAGAUACCACUCCCCCAGAGAAGCUGCCUUGCAAGACAUUUACUGUGAUGCGUCCAUCUGGCUCUUCCUAUCCACUGCACUUCGAAGCCGAGGCCCAAAAGCAGCGUGGGACAGUCAUGCUGGAGAAGAGUGAACAAUUCCUUCUCAGCAAAUUCUUGGCAAUGUUCGAGAAAAUGGAUCCCGAUGUUAUCAUGGGUCAUCAGCUUCAGGACGUUGACCUAGGAAUUCUAUUCUCUCGAUUACGAGAGAAGAAGACACCCGGCUGGCAUCGUCUCGGCCGUCUCAAGCGUGGUGACUGGCCCAAGAACUUCAACAAAGGUGGCGGUUUCUUUGCCGAGAGACAGCUCAUUGCGGGAAGAUUGAUGUGUGAUAUUGCCAAUGAUAUGGGCAAGUCUCUCAUGAUGAAGUGUCAAUCUUGGACUUUGACUGAGAUGUGCCAGCUCUAUCUCGGCGAGGGCAACACACGUCAAGAUAUCGAUGUCGAGGCUGCUCUAAAAACAUGGGCGUCGACCAAGGAUGGUCUGAUGAACUUUGUCAAUCACUGCGACACCGAUACCUAUUUUAUCGCUGCUCUUGUGCUCCGUCUGCAGAUGUUGUCACUCACUAAGGUUCUGACGAAUAUCGCUGGUAAUUCAUGGGCGCGUACACUCAGCGGUACCCGUGCGGAGCGAAACGAGUACAUUCUUCUUCACGAAUUCCACCGGAACAAGUACAUUUGCCCCGACAAGUAUUCUUCCCGAUUGCAGAAAGCCGAGGAAAGGAUGAUGGAAGGAGAUGAUGAGGAAGCAGGCGAUAAGAAAAAGAAGGACAAGUACAAGGGUGGUCUUGUCUUCGAGCCCGAGAAGGGCUUGUAUGAUCGAUUCAUCCUUGUCAUGGACUUCAACAGUCUGUAUCCUAGUAUCAUCCAGGAGUUCAACAUUUGUUUCACCACUGUGGACCGAACCGCUUCGGCUGAAAACGAAAACGAAGAGAAGGUCCCUGAGGUCCCCUCUUCGGAUCAAGACCAGGGAAUUCUACCAAAGCUGAUUGCAACCCUGGUCGGUCGGCGACGCGAGGUGAAGAAGCUGAUGAAGGACAAGCGCGCUACUCCAGAGCAGCUCGCCUUGUGGGACACAAAACAACUUGCCUUCAAGCUGACUGCCAACUCCAUGUACGGUUGUUUGGGAUACACCCAGAGUCGAUUCUAUGCUCGGCCUCUGGCCAUGCUUACUACCUUCAAGGGUCGUGAGAUUUUGAGGAGCACGAAAGACCUGGCCGAAAGCAAGCAGCUUCGCGUUAUCUAUGGUGAUACUGAUUCAGUCAUGAUCAACACCAACGUAGAUACCAUCACCGAUGCGCUCAAGGUUGGUGAGGAGUUCAAGCGGCUGGUCAACGAACAAUACAGGCUCCUGGAGAUUGAUAUUGAUAAUGUCUUCCGCCGACUCUUGCUGCAUGCAAAGAAGAAGUACGCCGCUAUCAAUCUCACUGAAGUCGAUGGCAAGUACGUGGAGAAACUUGAGGUCAAGGGUCUGGACAUGAAGAGACGAGAGUACUGCGCACUUUCUAAGGAAGUGUCUUCGAGGCUUCUCAACGAAAUAUUGUCAGGCGAAGACCAAGAGGUGGUGCUCAACAAGGUUCACGAGUACCUGCGAGAACUCGCGGAGAAAAUGAAGGAAUACGCUAUUCCAAACCAAAAAUACGUCAUUUAUACGAAACUUUCCAAACGACCACAAGAAUAUCCCAACAAGGAGAGCAUGCCCCCGGCACAAGUCGCUCUCCGGGAAAUUGCUCGGGGCAAAAACAUUCGGCCAAACGACGUUAUUUCCUACAUUGUGACCACAGGGGACGCCGAAACCUCGUCUCUUCCGCCGGCCAAGCGGUCUUACACCCCGCAGGAUGUCUUGAAGCCCAAUUCCGAGCUUAAACCCGAUGUGGAGUUUUACUUGUUGAAGCAAAUCUUCCCUCCUAUUGAACGUCUCUGCGCGCCUAUCCCUGGAACGGAUGCUGUCCGCUUGGCUGAAUGCCUGGGUCUCGACACUCGCAAGUACCAGAUCAACACAUCCAGCUCAAGCAACAACCAGAAUGCGGAGAUUUUCCCCCUCGAGUCCCAAAUCCCUGACGCUGUCCGCUUCGCCAACUCCGCACGGCUAUCUCUCAAAUGCCGCUUCUGCAAGGAACAAUCAGUCUUCGAAGGCUUAGCAGAGUCCCCACAUAUGUGCUCGCCGCAUGGCAUCAUCUGCGCCAACGAAAGCUGUCAAAAGCCAUUCUCGGUCAUCUCCAUCGUCGCACAGCUGGAGAACCAAAUCCGCGAGCAAACAGCAAGAUACUACGAAGGCUGGCUCGUCUGCGACGACUCCGCCUGUGGCAAUCGCACCCGGCAAAUCAGUGUAUAUGGACACCGAUGCCUGGGCCCUCGAGGCCGCGCGGAAGGCUGUCUCGGGCGCAUGUCGUACGAGUACUCUGAGAAGCAGAUGUACAACCAGCUGUUGUAUUUCGCUGGUCUGUGGGACGUGGACAAGGCCAAGGCGGCUAUUAGCAAGGAGGCUGGGGAAAAGAAAGAUAGUCUUGCUGCCCUGGCUGAGUUCAACCGCGUGCGGUUCGGAACGGUGAAGUCGGUGGUCGAUAGCUACCUGAAGAAGUGUGGUCGGCAAUGGGUUGAGAUGGAUUCUUUGUUCCGCUUUAUGUUACAAUAA